AUGGUACAAAUCAGAGUUUUUCGUUCCGCGUGGCGUCAUGACAUAAACAGGGUGUUACAGUGCAGUAUUCUGAGACGAAGUAAGUACGGGACCGGCUCACGGCUGCAACGUCCGCGCACUAGAAGACCAAAGAAGCCGCCCGGGGAGGGAACCACGACUGACGAGAAGCGACCCAGGACCGCAUUCUCUGGCCCUCAGCUUGCUAGGCUAAAGCACGAAUUCGCUGAGAACCGGUACCUGACGGAAAGAAGACGACAAGCUCUAGCAGCCGAGCUGGGGCUUGCGGAGGCCCAGAUCAAAAUCUGGUUCCAGAACAAACGCGCCAAAAUCAAGAAGGCGUCCGGGCAGCGAAACCCGCUCGCCCUACAACUCAUGGCACAAGGACUCUACAACCAUAGCACCGUUCCUCUGACGAAAGAAGAAGAGGAAUUAGAGAUGAAGGCUAGAGAAAGAGAAAGGGAACAGCAGAAUCGGCAUUGA